ACCAGAACGAGCAGCACUGCGACCUCAGAACGGAGCGAACCGCCGCGGUGACGAUGGCGUCGAACUCGAUAUAGUCGUUCGUGUGUGUGCGCGUGCGUGUGCCAGUGUGAGUGAGUGCAUCAGUGAGUGUCCGCGCCGCCUUGUCGCCAUGGAGGACCGCUUCAUCUACACCGAGCUGCCCGUGGCAGCCAUGACCACGGCCAUGACGACCAUCCGGACGUCCAAGUCGGACUACCACCGGCCGCAGCCCUACCACCUGCACCGCCUGCACCAGCCGCACCUGCAGCACGUGCAGCGCGUGCACUCGCCGCAGCCGCAGCUGGGGCUGGAGCUGCGCGAGCUGCGCCUGGACGCGUACCACCACCACGCGCUGCAGCAGCAGCACAGCCUGCACAUCCAGCAGCUGCUGCAGCAGCAGCACCACCACCACCAGGCGCACCACCAGCUGCUCCGGCAGCAGGCCCAGGCGCAGCAGCAGGUGGAGGAGGAGGCCGACGAGCAGACGCACGUCACGUGCCUGUACCCGGAGAUCCUGGCGCUCAUCUUCAGCUACCUGGACGUGGCCGGCAAGGGCCGCGCGGCUCAGGUGUGCACGUCGUGGCGCGACGCGGCGUACCAGAAGUCGGUGUGGCGCGGCGUGGAGGCCAAGAUGCACCUGCGGCGCACCAACCCGUCCCUGUUCCAGAGCCUCGAGUGCCGCGGCAUCCGCAAGGUGCAGGUGCUGUCCCUCAAGAAGUCCCUGCGCGACGUGGUCAUCGGCGUGCCCGCCCUCACCUCCCUCAACCUGAGCGGCAUCUACAACGUGACGGACCAGGGGCUGUCGCACGCCUUCGUCACGGACCUGCCGUCGCUCACGGAGCUCAACCUGUCGCUGUGCAAGCAGCUGACGGACACGGCGGUGGGCCGCAUCGCGCAGCACGUCAAGAACCUGGAGGUGCUGCGGCUGGAGGGCUGCUCCAACAUCACGAACACGGGGCUGCUGCUGGUGGCGUGGGGGCUGAAGCGGCUGCGGCGCCUGGACCUGCGGUCGUGCUGGCUCAUCUCGGACCAGGGCAUCGGCCACCUGUCCGGCCUCAACCCGGAGACGGCCGAGGGCAACCUGGAGCUGGAGUACCUGGGCCUGCAGGACUGCCAGCGGCUGUCGGACGACGCGCUGCGCCACAUGGCGCAGGGCAUGAAGAAGCUGCGCAGCGUCAACCUCAGCUUCUGCGUGGGCAUCUGCGACGCGGGGCUGCGCCACCUGGCGCGCAUGCCGCAGCUGGAGGCCGUCAACCUGCGCGCCUGCGACAACAUCACCGACGUGGGCGUGUCGUACCUGGCCGAGGGCGGCGCCAAGCUGCACCAGCUCGACGUCUCGUUCUGCGACAAGAUCACGGACGCCGCGCUGCAGCACAUCUCGCAGGCUCUGUACGGCCUGCGCUCGCUGUCGCUAUCCGCGUGCCCCGUCACCGACGAGGGCAUCAAGCGCAUCGCGCGCGAGCUGGCCGACCUGGACACGCUCAACAUCGGCCAGUGCCGCCACGUGACGGACGCGGGGCUGCAGACGGUGGCCGAGACCUGCAGCAACCUCAAGUACAUCGACCUGUACGGCUGCACCGGCAUCUCCCGCGGCGCCAUGGAGAGCCUCAUGAAGAUGCCCAACCUGGCCACCAUCAACCUGGGCCUCGGCCACGUCGCCGUGCGGUGACGGCCGUGCCCCUCCUCGGGCCCAGGCCGUUUCGCGCCUUCGCGCCUCUCGGCUCUGGCAGCGCGUCGGAUACCGUCGUCGCUGCCGCAGCGGAGGGUCGCGGGUUCGAAUCCGCGCCGUGUUGUGUUGUGCGGUGUGGUGAGGCCGGAAGUGAACUGAAGUGUGGUGGAAUUCCCUCGGGCCGUCGUCGCCCUACUCCAUUGUGAUAAUUUAUAUAGAACUAUAGUUAGACGCAUUUAGUGAACCAGGAGCAGUUAAUUACAAUGAUAUAUCGAUUAUUAGCAACAAAUUGAUUGUGUGUGAGAGAAUGUGUGAUUGUGUGUGUGUGUAUAUGCGUGCGUACGAGAGGUGGGUGGGAUGAGUUCCAAGCCGGCUCAAAUAGUGUGGUUGGCAUUACUUACAGUCUGGAAAAUGCUCUCUGUGGGCUGUGGUACUGUCUACCUCGUUCCUCAGACUAAUUUACCUUUGCUUUUCAUGGGGAGUGCAUGUCCCGCGAAAGGAUUGUUUAAUCGUUUGUGAUAUAGGUGUUAGGUCAACAUGCACGUACUAGCCAUGAUGCUUGUUCGCGCCAGCACCGCUGGUGUCAUUAUCACUGUGAUAAUGUAGUUAAUUAUGAAAUUUAAUUAUAUGUGUAGCCGAGGUUUUUACGAGCCAGUAUGGUGUGGGCUCGUUUCGAUUGCAGUAAUCGAUUGCCGUUUUAUCUCGAGAUUCACACUUUAAGUAAUGCCAUCCACAUGCAUGUCUUAUCAGACGUUACCCAGUUUGCUCACGAUGCAGUCCCGCUGCCCUUCAAACGGCGUCGAGAAUUCGAAUUUGUCACUGCAGCCAACCUCUGCCUGCAGUGGUGCUGUCUCCUCGCUAUCACUGUGAAUUCCUGCCGGCAUUCUUAGCAGCUUGUUAUUUGUGUAUAAUCGUGUCCGCCGAACGGGCAGCACACUCACUCCUUUGUUGCCGUUUGGCGUUGUUUUGUGAUUCGCGGGUGGUCUAGAGUAUGUAGGUUACAAUGUAAAGCCUGUCCACGUCGUCCACGUCCGUGCCGGCCCGGCCGAUCCGGGCGCCGAGUCGUAUUCACUUCUUUGUUUUGCCCGUGUGUGUGGGCGCGCCGCGCCGCGCCACGCCACGCCACGCUGCGCACUUGUAGGGCACAGGGCCCAGUGGGCCUUUUUGAGAUAGCGUUGUUAUCAGAUGAGAUAAGCGCAUUGGGCCCUUGAAUAUUCAACGUGGUGCCUCGGGACUGCGGGAUGCUUUUAGGGGCGGGGUGGGGGUGUGGCGGGGUGUGGCGCGUCGCGGGCCUCGCGGGGGGCGCCGCCGUACACUCUCCUCAAAAACUCCGAGCAGCGUCCUGGAAAACAGCCUGAGUAAAUCUUGCUGCGCGAAAUGUGUUUUCGGGAGGGGACUGUGCUUGAGUCGCAGGGUGCGCAGCGGUAACGGUUUAUCCAGCUUGACGGCUCUCUUCGAGGGGAGCAGGCCGACUUCGGGCGACAACCCAACCGGCAGCCUGGGAAUUUUAAAAUACCCAUUUUUCCCUCUGGAACGUCCUAGUACUGUACUCCUAUCCGCGCGGGCGAACGCGCCGAGUUUUGAAACGGCGAAGUUGCACGGCGCGGCUCGGCACGGCACGGCGAUAGCGCAACGCUCCCAUUUCAUUUUUGUCCCGGCCGGGGUUUGUGUUUUGCGGUUUGCCAGCCCGGCUUGGCUUGCCCGGCUUGCUUGCCGCAAUUAGUGGCGGUGACGAAAUUCGUCGUGCCUUUUCGACUUUUAGCGCGUCGCUUCGUGGCAGUCGCGGUGGAAGUGUUACCUCAAUCGCACUCUGGGGCGCCGCGGAGCCUUGGGCGCAGCCGCCGAACCAAACCGACUCCGUGGCGACGCCCGACUCGGCUCGCAGAGAUUUCUUUUAAAACUUUCUGCAUCUUUGCUGUCCACUUUGAGCGUUUGCCCGCAUAGCACGUGUUAAUGAACUGUGUUUUACUUCUCAUUGUUACCGUUACCGUUAUCUGACCAAUUUCAUGUCAUAUGUUUUCUCCAUUUUGUUAAUGUUCGAUUUUUUUUUACAGUGUCUUUUUGCCAUGUGAGAAAUUUGUUGUAAUUUGAAUGUCUUUUUUCUGUUAUGUCUUUUUCAUAUAUGAGGGAUCAACGAGUUUUCUUGUCUCAAAUUUUUUGUGACUGUGUAAACGAAAAGUGCUUAUAUACGUAUCGAGAGACUGACGUAUGUUGGUGUGCUGUGGAUGUGUGUUCUGAUUGUGUGAUAUUGUAUGAAUGUAAAGAGGAAGAUGUUGAUUAUGUUAACGAUUAAAUUGAUUUUUGUAAAUAUGAGUCACCAAGAUUCGGUGAGUUAUGCUGUUGUGGUAGAUGUUACUACGCCUGCCAUCUCAUUGUUCAUUUUUUUAAUUAUAGUAAACAAAUUUAAGAUAAUUUA